GUGUUUUAAUCAAACACUUUGCUCUGUUAAAGGCAUUUAAUAACAGCUCAGAUUAGAACCAAGCUUAAGCUGAUGGUCUAUUACACUAUUCUAGCUAUAUGGAAACCACUACAACUUCUCCGUGCCCAAGCACGUCCGAACUUACUACACACCACUGGCAAGAUGUCGCAACAGCCGAACCCGCACGAGACGCAUCCGACUCGACUAAAGCGACACUUCUGCCCUACCGGGAAAUACCAAGUGCACUAUCAGAUGAUAAUAGCCAGGAACUGAAAAGCACCCGGCGCAUCUCAAGAGCGACGGAUACAACUGCGACACCACUGUUGAGCACUGAGAAGACUGGGGCAAUGUUAAAAGGAUGGUCGAGGUCCCCAGAAAUGGUCUCAACGUCCACAGUCAUGGUGAUAUGCGAAGGCGUAUUCGACUUUGUGCUGUUUGCAUGCGCUGCCGCAUUCUUCGCCUUUGCGGUUUCCGUUGCUUACUUUGACCAAGUACCGACGGCCGAGAACCCAAAGAGAACCAAGCUGCUGCUCAACGCAACAGAAUAUGGACCAUCAGUCUUUCCUAUUCUCUUCGCUCUAAUACUAGGAAGAACCACGCACACUGUCUUACGUUGGCGCUUUGAGCGCGGCGAGCGUGUUGGGGUCUUGGACACACUUGCUACUAGCACGUCACUGACAAGUACAGUAGUAGCGCAGUUUCAGUUGCGCGCUACUAGUACUAUUGGCAUCGUGUUGAUGAUCACCUGGGCACUCUCGCCCCUCGGAGGUCAAGCAUCUCUCCGACAGAUGAGCAUUGGCGUCAAGAACGAGACCUUCGACAUCGACUUUGCACACAUGAUCCACCAUGGCUACUUGGAUAGUCUGCAGACGACCGAACAAGAAUCGAACUGGGGAAUCGUCAAUAGCAUGUUCAUUAGUGCAAUGAUAGGGUCAGUGGACCCCGACUUGGCCCAAGUUGACAUAUGGGGUAACUUCAAGAUACCUAGGAUUGAAUACCUCGAGCACCGUGGCAGCGCUGACGAAGAAGGCUGGCUCGUUACUAACAGUAGCGAAGCCGAGUCCUACACGGCUAUGCCGACGUGGCCGGAUCCUCACAAGUUAUGGCCAGAUGGAAUAGUGAACUUGACGGGUCCAGGAGCGUUCGUGGUGUUCGACAACUUAACGCAGCUUCGCCGAUCGGUCAGUGACCCGCACGACCUAACCCCGUUCCGGUAUCAAUACAUAUCCAGAGGCUGGAACAUUAGCAACUAUCGCCUUGAUUGCAACAUCUCAACAAGCUAUGUUGAAGCAGAAAUUGUCUGUCAAGACACCACGUCGUGUGCGGCAACGAGAGUCCGUCGAUCUCGCCUUGAUCACCCCCCGCCAAACUGGACCUUGCUGGAUCUGCAGUGGAAUACACUGCGGGAAAUGUUUCAGCGCAUGCUCAUUAGCACUGGUGGCAGCGAGAAAUGGCCAAUUCCUCUAGACAGAUACUUGAACGAGCCGGCGACAGUUCUGGGUGGAGCCCAGUCAGUCAUUAGCUUUUCAGAGAAAAAGAGAUACUCAGUCCACAUGACACACCUGCUGAACUCGUACUUCAACAUCAUCAACGGUCUCUUUGCCAUCUCCGGAGGACUGAAAAUGAGCAAUCGCGCAGACGCCAGGAACGGGACGUUCGUGCCUCCGCUGAACCCACCGGACGCCAAAGUGAAGUCGGAGCGAACGAUGGGCUUUUUUGCAGGAGAGCGCCUCUGGUACAAAUGGGGCAUGCCGUCACUGCACGGCUGGAGCUGGUCGGCGCGCGGCACCGAGACGAUAUCGACGGAAGUGAUAGCGGCCCAGCGGCCCUGGGUCGCCACGCUGUGCGCAGCGUCUCUCACGCUCGUCCUCUCAAGCCUGCUAACCCCGCUGAUCCACUAUCUGCUCAUCGAAGGCCCGGAGAUUCUGAUCAACGUGUCGAGUCUCGCAACACGAGACAACGCGUAUGUAGAGUUGCCACACGGAGGCACGCACCUCGGCGCCGCCGCUCGCGCACGAGCACUCAGGGACCUCGAACUGCGCUUUGGCGAUGUCCGCAAGAGGUCGGAUGUCGGCGGCGUAUCCGGCGAAUACGCGCUGGGCGGCUGUAUGAAUAGUGCGGGGACAUCUUAAGUGAUUUCUCAAUGUGAGCUGGCUAAGCUCUCAUUGGCCAUCGUAGUCGUAGUAUAGCCGGAGACUCCCUUUUUGGCAGCUGUACAACGAG